AUGACGCGCAUUGAGAGCCUCGUCCAUGAAUGGAUGGCGCAGGACAUGUGCCUUGCCCGCGAGCGCAUGACCGAAUCGGCUCCCCCGGACGUGCACCGUGCGCCGCCGGAUUUCACCCCUCCUCCGCUACGCGGGGAGUCCGCGCCAUCUCUCGAAGCCGCCCAGCAGCGCGACGAUGUUGGCAACGUCAACACCGUCACUCCGGGUGCUGACGAUGUGGAGAUAUGGGUGCGCGGCACCGACGAUUAG